AUGGCACGCGACGCUGGCGUCUCGCGACAUCAUGCACCCGGUGCAGCUCUUCUUGCAGCUCAUGCUAAUUGUGUCGCGACAGGUGAAACCGAACCAAGGCGCUCUGUGCGCGCGACCAAGGGCCAGCACACAAAGUCUUUUGACGAACUCGAGCAGCCCGUUGUACCGAAGCGACGCCAAACGAAAAAGUCGAGGAAGGUACAGGACGAGGAGGAGCAGUCUCAGGAGCCCGAGGAGAUUAUUCGAUGCGUCUGUGGUGCUACGGAGCAAGAUGAAGACUCAGGUGAGGCCUGGAUCUCGUGCGAGACGUGCUACGCAUGGCAGCAUAAUGUCUGCGUUGGCGUGAGCUCAUACGAGGACGAGAUUCCGGAGUACUACUGGUGUGAGCAGUGCCGCCCGCAAGAUCACAAAGAGCUGCUAGAUGGCAUUGCCAAAGGAGAGCAGCCAUGGAUUGCGAGGCGCAAGGCUCACGAGGAAGAGGUGGCAAGCAAAAAGAAGAGGGGCGGUAGGAAGCCAAAAGGCAAACGUGCAAGUGAUCCAAAGGACGAGAUCGAAAAAGACAGCCGUGUCAAGGCCAAAGCAUCACCUGCACCAGACACUUCUGCAAAGGACAGACGCGAAUCUGGCGGUCGGCCGGGCAAACGAAAGUCGCGCGACGACUCCCAGGACAGCGAUCCUAAGAACGUCAAAUUGCGGCGUGUCUCAGCAAACGACUCAACCGCCAGCGGCGUCCAAUACACACCGCCGGCCGACCUUGCCACAGGUAUAUCCAACUUGCCAACUACGAGGGCGGGUCCCGCCAAGGCCCUCAAGAAGUCAAUAUUGCACGUCCUGUCAUCAAUGGAGAAGAACAAUACUGUGAAGAUUCCCAAAGACAGCUCCGCGGAAAGCAUGUCAGAGACAUAUGCUCUCCAGAUCGAGCGCGCCGUCUUCGACACGCACCCAGCCAGCAAGGGCCAAAAAGACGCUAGCCGUCAUGACAUCGGAGCAGCUCGCAUCUGCGGAACUGCAAAAACGACUGCGGAAAUGAAGGCCAAGGCAGAGAAGCAAUCUAUUCUCUACACCGGGGACACGGGACCCCGCGUUCGAAGAACGCACAAGGGCGAGGAAGUCGUGGAAGAUGAGAGUAUGGCGAACACGAACGACCUCCCAAUUCCUCGUGGAGGAGGUGCUCGACGCGGUGCCAACACCGACGCGAGCCAACCAAUCAAGCGGGAGUCGAUGAGUACCGACUACGACAUGGCUCAGUCGCCCAAGCAACAUGAUGAUCAGCGCUCGCCCAGCCAGUCCAAGUUUGAUAUUUCCGAGGUCUUUUCCCAGGUCAAAUCGCCAACUGAAGCCCAGCGCCGGCGACCAUCCGCGCCUGCCCUCAACACAUCUGGCCCCGGUUUUGACCCCGACGUUGACCGCCUGCUGGAGGACGAGAACGACUCGCCACCUUAUUCGCCCACCGAAGACUCGACGGACCCUGACAUUGUCUGGAGAGGAUCUCUAGCUAUGAGCUCCAUUGCAGACUUCCAGGCUACCGGAAAGCACGUCGGCGGCGCCAACUUUGCCACCUUGGGGCACUGGUCCAAGCUCAUUCCGAAACGGAUGACUGUUGCUGGCCGAAUUACGGAGCAGAGUGCCAUCGAAUAUCUAUGCAGCCUUCGCUAUAGCAAUCUGACUGACAUAGUCGUUGUCGGUCUUACGCCAAGCUCACCAGAAGCGCAGCCAGAAUACAACGCUCUGGUGGACUAUUUUAUUAGCAAGAAGCGGUAUGGUGUCGUCGGUAAUAAGGCUGCAGGCAACGUGCGCGAUACCUAUCUUGUGCCUGUCCCUGCUGGCGAGAACAACCAUCCGGAAUUCAUGUUGAACCUGGUUGAUAACUUUAUCCCCAAGGUACGAACGGAACCUAUGCUGUUGGCAGUCUUUGUCUACCGCAACGAGCCCUCCGAGACCCUUCAACCAAAAAAUGAAACCACAUCGUCUCCCUCCACACCCGCGGUAGCCAAUGCACCAAACGCAGAGGGAUACGCGCAGCGAAGCAACUCGAUUCCCGGCCCUGCAUUCUCUCCCGCCACGCCGCAGGGUGGCUUCGUAGGCUCUCCUUCCAACGGGCACACGCCCGGACCGCUAGCCACGCCGAUUCCGUCGCACCUCGCGCAUGGUGCUCUGCCUCCGGCGCCGACGCCCCCCAACGCGUCGAACCUGACCAGCCCCCCGCCGCCAUUUGCCCAGAUGACGGAGGCGCAAAAGAUGCAGGCGCAGCAGGCCGGCCAGCACACUGCGCACGAGGUCCUGGGGCCCUUUGUCAAGGUGCCCACCGUGCAGUUUCUGCUUCCCCAAGCACACCAAAUGUCCCGCCGCGAGUGGGAGAUUAUCAAGUCGAUAUACGAGCGGGAGCCCAAGGCGCGCGAUGAUUUGCAGUACCUGAGUGUGCUGUUGGAGAAGGAAGGCGGGCCUAACAAGCCAUGA